AUGGACGCGGCCAUGGCGCUGGCCACGGUCUUCUUCUGCCUCCUGCUGCUCGCCUCAGCCGCCAUCUCGCUCCUCCUCCUCCGCCUCUGCGUGGCCGCGCUCCGCCGCGCCCCCGCGCGCGCCCCCUACGCCGCCGUCGACCCGGAGGCGGCCGCGCGGGCGGCGCCACCGCCGGUGCCGCAGCAGGAGCUGCCCCUUCCGGUUCCGGCGGCGUGGGCGAGGCCCAAGGCGCCGGAGCCCCGGCGGCUGGCGUGGCGGGAGGUGGAGGCGCUGACGGGCGGGUUCGACGAGGCGGCCGUGGUGGGCUGCGGCGGCUCGGGUGGCGCCGUGUACCUGUCGAGGAUCCCCGUCGCGGCCGGCGGGCCGCCGGCCGCCGUGAAGGUGCACCGCUGGUGCGGCGGCGGCGAGCGCCGGCUCGGCGCGUUCCGGCGCGAGCUCGACCUGCUCCGCCGCGUCGGCCGCCACCCGCGCCUCGUCGCCCUCCUCGCUUACUCCGACGACCACGAGGAGGGAGGCGCGCUGGUGCUGGAGUACAUGCCGGGCGGCACGCUGGCGGACCGUCUCCACCACGCCGCCACGCCGCCGCUCACCUGGCGCCACCGCAUGCGCGUGCUCCACGACGUGGCCGCCGCGCUGGAGCACCUCCACGACGCCAUCUCCGUCGUGCACGGCGACGUGUCGGCCUCCAACGUGCUCCUCGACGGCGGCGGCCGCGCGCGGCUCUGCGACCUGGGGUCGGCCUGCGAGGGCACCUUCUCGGCGGCCGUGGCGCCGGCCCGGGGCGCGGCGGCCGUCGGCUCGCCGGGCUACGCCGACCCCUUCUUCCUCCGCACCGGCAUCGUGUCCAAGAAGUCCGACGUGUACGGCUUCGGCGUGCUGCUCCUCGAGGCCCUCACCGGCUCGCCGGCCGCCGGCACGCCGGGCCCGGACGGCAGCAGCCAGUACCUCGCGGCGAGGGUGAUGCCGCGCUUGAGGGCAGCCGGGGCGGCGGGGCUCGUGGACGGCAGGCUGGGCGGCGACUAUGAUGCUGUGGAGGCCGGCGACGUCGCGCGGGUCGCCGUGGAGUGCGUGGCGCCGCAGCCGGGGCUCCGGCCGACCAUGGCGCAGGUGCGGGCCGCCGUCGCGGAGAAGGCGGCGAGGUCCCUCGCGGCGACGGACGGCGGCGAGAGCGACCUCAAGUUGCUCGACUUGUUCCGCAUGGCCAGCUAG